UAUCACAAUGUGAAAAUGAAUUUACCGCAGUGUACGCUGACGUCCUGACAACAUGUGGUUCGUUCUUCUUGGAGUUGUGUGCUUUGCGGCCAUCGCUAGUGGCGAACAGCCACAGUGUGGGGGAAACCUUGUUGGGCACGCCGGUGACGUGUACUCCCCGAACUUCCCGAACGAGUACGAUGCGAACCUGGACUGUAUGUGGACCAUCCCGGCCCGAGGUGGCAGUGUGACUGUAGAGUUUAAGAACUUCACCAUUGAGCCUCCAGAGAGUUUCCUGUUCUACGCCCGCUGCAACUUCGACUAUGUGGAGAUCAUCGUAGGAGACAGGUCCAGGGGCCGUUUCUGUGGCACGGACAUGCCCCCUGCUAUCACUGCUGCUGACGACAUCCACAUCAGGUUCGUGACGGACCAGCUGGUGAGCGGGCCCGGCUUCCACUUCUCCUACCUGGUCCAGCACGGUCUGGUUAACGGUGGGCCUUGCGGGGAGCAUCUGGACGGCAGCUAUGGCCAGGUCACCUCACCAGGCUACCCGGAAGGCUAUCCCAGUAACCUGGACUGUACCUGGACCAUCCACGGCGGCGGCUACCCCAUCACCGUGACGUUCACCGACUUUGUGCUGGAGAACGGCGGGUACUACUCCGGCUGCUACGACUAUGUCGAGAUCUACGAUGGUCGGGACCUAAUCGGCACGCACUGUGGGACCGACGUCCCUCCUUCUCUCACCACCACCAAAGACGUCAGGAUUAAGAUGGUCUCAGACAGCAGUCUGCAGAUGUCAGGAUUCAUGUUCCACUACCGCGUAGAAGUAACACCAGGCGUUACCACCGAGAAACCAGAGCCGGAGAAAACUACCAUGAAACCAGGCCAACAAUGUGGAGGGAACCUUGUUCAGCCCAGCGGUGAUGUGUUCUCCCCGAACUACCCGGGCGAGUACGGCGCGAACCUGGACUGUAUGUGGACCAUCCCCGCACGCGGGGGCAGUGUUACAGUAGAGUUUAAGGAAUUUGCCAUUGAGGAUCCGGAAUCGUUCCUCUUCUUCAGCCAGUGCAACUUUGACUAUGUCGAGGUCCUCGUUGGCGACAGGUCCCGGGGCUACUAUUGUGGAACCGACAUGCCCCCUGCCAUCACCGAUACCCAGGAUAUCCACAUCAGGUUCGUGACUGACCAGGCCGUGAGCGGACCCGGCUUCCAGUUCUCCUACUCCGUCCAGCACGGUCUGGCUGGCGGCGGCCCUUGCGGAGAGCACCUGCACGGCAGCUACGGCGUGGUCACUUCUCAGGGCUUCCCUGACGGCUAUGCGAGCGACUCUGACUGCACCUGGACCAUCCACGGCAGCGGACACCCCAUCACGGUCACCUUCACAGACUUCGCUCUGGAAGAUGGCGGCUUCUUCUCCGGAUGUCCCUAUGACUUCGUCGAGAUCUAUGACGGACGUACAAAGAUUGGCACGUACUGUGGAUCCGACAUGCCGCCCCGUCUGUACACCACCAACGAAGUCAGGAUCAAGUUCCAGUCUGACGGCAGCGUGGAGGAGCAGGGCUUCAGGUUCGAGUACCAGAUAGACAUGCCGCCUACCCCGCCGCCUGCUACACAGAAACCAGUGGAGACCACAACCAAACCAGAAACCGCCGUCACAAGUUCCCAAGCCAGUAGGGUGACAGCGUCAGGACCCGGGCUGCACACUGUUCCCGUGAACCGGGCGACUAGCUUCGUCAUCGACCAGACUCGAGCGGUCAGUGGGAAGGUCGACGUCACUAUCACAGGCCCGUCUGCAGAGAUCGUCCCGUGCCACUACCCCGGAAACCAGCCUCGACUUCUGGUUCAGUAUACGCCUAAAGAAGUGGGUGACUAUGACAUCGAGGUCAAGCUCUCUGGUAUGCAAAUUUUCGGCAGUCCCUUCACCAGCCAUGCUUAUGACGUCAGCGGUGUGAAACUGAACAUCCCCAGAGGAAAACUCGGACAGCAAGUCGUCGUGCCAAUUGACACGAGUUCGGCCGGUAGCGGUACGCUGGAGGUGGAGGUCCGGGCGCGCGGAGCGGAGGUGGCGAGUAGGCUGGUGCAGCACGCCCCCGGGAAACACCAGCUCAUGUUCCGCCCGGGGACGGCAGACCCGCACGACAUCAUGGUCAGAUACAACAACGAGCUCACCCCAGGGAGCCCGCACCAGUGUAUAAUCAUGGACGCCGGACAGGCCCCGUCCCGGACUGGCGGGCUGGGCGCAGUGCCUGUCGGGAUGCCGACCACGUUCUGGGUGGACCCGGGAAACUUCGGAUCCGCCAAGUGUGACAUCACCGUCACCAGUCCUUCCGGUCUGAACGUCCCAUGUGGCUUCACCGGAUCACGUGACAAGCUCGUCAUACAGUACACACCAGAGGAAGUCGGGUCCCACAGUAUCAGCAUCAUGGCGGAUGGAGUAUCCCUUCCCGGCAGCCCUUUCGCCACGAAUGUCUAUGACCCCACGCGAGUCACCGUCGAUGUUCCAAGUUACGGGAGGGUCGGACAAGAAGUCACCAGCACAGUGAUGACGACGUACGCCGGAGAAGGUGACGUAGAAGCUGAGGUGUCUAGCGGUGACGGCACCACGCCCUGUGACGUGUACAGGCAGGGGGAGGACAAGUUUCUCGUGACCUUCACGCCAAAGUCAAUGUCACCGCAUGACGUCGUCGUCAAGUUCAACGGUUCCUUGGUACCAGGAAACCCGUUUCGCUGCGUCGUGACGUUUGUUGACGUCAGCAAGGUCACCGUUUCCGGUGACGGCAUCGAGGACCACCGUCCACUUCCGGUGGGCAAGCCCACGAGUUUCUUCGUCAACACCGAUGACGCAGGGGUGGCCAUGCUGCAGGUUGACGUCACAGGCCCAGGUUUCGAUGACGUAGAGGCGGCAGUUUCUCCACAAGACGAUUUUCACAUUGUAGAAUACACCCCUGUGGAUGUGGGUGAACAUAGGAUCAAGAUCACUUACGACGGUAAGGAGAUCGAGGGAAGCCCCUUCAAGACAUGGGCGUAUGACGUCAGCAAAAUCAACGUUCUCCUUGGAGGAGACAAGAAAGCCAAGCUGAACGAGAAGAUGUCAUUUCUCGUCGACACCAGUCAUGCAGGUGGAGGUAAACUGGAGUGCAUCAUCCGGGACCCUCCCACAGAAACCCAGAUGAUGGACCGGGGCCUGGGACGGUAUCUGGUCUCCUUCCUACCCGUCACUCCUCAGCCACACGGCGUCACGCUCAGCUUCAACAGAGUCGUCGUACCUGGGAGUCCGUUUAAGAUCCAGGUGGUUGACGCGCGGAGAGCCACAGCAUCAGGAGACGGUCUGCAGCUGGCUCCCAUCAACACAGAGGCCGUGUUCGUGGUGGAUACCGCCCGGGCAGGAGGGGCCAGCGCUAAGGAUAUAGAGGCCAGAGUUACCAGUCCCAGCCGAGCAUCAGUGCCAUGUAAAGUACGUGACAGCGGUGUGGGGGACUUCACGUGCCACUUCACGCCAACAGAAAUAGGUCCACAUAUCAUCGUCGUCACCGUACUGAGGGAGAGCAUCGACGGCAGUCCCUUCACCUGUCAGACCUUUGACCUGUCAAAGGUCAAGGUGGGGCCCGUCCAGGAUACAACCGUGGGGCAGGAGAUGAGCUUCUGGAUUCAGACCGCUGCUGUAGGUAAAGGCACCCCGACAGUUGAGAUAAACUGUGCGGGAAGAACGUUCCCAUGUCACGUGAAGGGUCCCCCUGGCGGCACGAAACAUAACUGCCAUUUCCAGCCCAAAGUAGCCGGGUCACACGAGGCCGUGGUCAGGUUCAACGGCUUCGAUGUUGAAGGAAGCCCAUUUGCGUUCCAAGUCCGACCAGGCCAAAGCUACAACACCACCAUAGAAGUCCAGAGCCCGACGAUAUACCCACAAGACGACACAGUCCUGCCAAACAGACCCAAAUCUCUCCAGAUGCGGCCCCCCGACCACCCGCCUCUCGGCCGAAGACAGUCCGAACCCGUGAGCCCGACACGAUACGAGCCGAACAGCCCGACACGAAAUGAGCCGAACAGUCCACGGAGACCUCCUCAGCCCCUUAGCCCGAGGAGAUCUGACCCUAUUGCGGCGCUCUACGCCGCUAGAAGCCCCGGACCUCGCACGCCGCCAAGCCCUGGAGGAUUCACUAUACCAGAACCUGACUACUGGAGAGACCAGGACAUCCAGCCCAAAGAAAAGAUCGCGGCGUACGGACAGGGGCUGAAGAGGGCAGUGGAGGGGAAGAUAUCAGAGUUUGUUGUCGACACGACAGGCCAUCCGAGGUCUUCUCUAGAAAUCCAAGUGUUCGGUCCCAGUACUAUGAUCCCGUGCACAGUAGACCGGCGCGGAGACAAGCACUACGCCUCCUACACUCCCCGCCAGGUCGGCGCCUACAAAAUACACGCCAAGUACGGCGGGCACGAAAUAGAAGGUAGUCCAUUCCAAGUGACCGUGGUGAACCCUAAGAAAGUGGAGCUCCUAGGUGACUGGCGGGCGCUGAUGGGGAACACCAACCGCCUGUCUCUCACCGUGGAUGAACAGUUCACUUUUCCGUUUAACGUGCAAGAUGCAGGACCUGGAGGUAUCUUAGAUGCAAUAGUCCAGGGUCCUUCUCGAGACAUCAGGGCCAAAACAGUACAGAAAAACAACGGGAGACAAUACGUCACCUUUAUUCCAAAAGAAGAAGGUGAACAUUUUAUACAACUCCGAUGGCUGGACUUCGAGCUGCCCUGUAGCCCCAUAUAUGGAGACGCGAGGGGAUACCGAUCCGACCCGAACAAGGUCGUCGUGAGUGGUUCGGGCAUUCGGGAGGCCUUCGUCAACGAAGUGGCCGAGUUCGUUCUAGAUGGAAGCGACGCCGGGCCAGGUGAACCAAUGUGUGUGUUGAGAGGACGAGAGGAGGAGGUGGAAGUCACUCUCAUGCCCUUCCCUCAGAAAAGGGACAAGUACAGAGCUUUGUACUGUGCAGAAAAACAAGGCACGUACCGACUCAAAGUAACCUGGGACGAUGCGGAGGUCCGCGGUUCUCCCUUUAAGAUCACGGUGAAGAAGACGAUAGACGUGAGCAGGGUCCGGUUCUCAGGGAUCACAGGAGCCGUGCUGGGCAGCACCAUCCGCGCUAACAUAGACCCACGGGACGCCGGCGCGGGGGGUCUGCUCCAGGCGCGCUGCCUGGGGCCGAACGGGAAGGCUGACGUGCAGCUGACUGAGAAGGAAGACGGGAUCUACUUGAUGAAGAUCCGCGCAAAGGAGGCCGGGAAGCAUGAACUGGACAUCAAGUAUAACGGAGAGAAAAUUGAAGGCAGCCCAUUUAUAGUGGACAUCGCACCGGUCCCGACCAGUUCUGGAGGACCCGACGCUAAGAAGGUGACGGCGUUCGGGCCGGGUCUGAAGCACGGCGUGCUCAGCGCCUGGAGGGGGAACUUCCUGGUGCACACGGCCGGGGCGGGGCCAGGCAAGCUGCAGAUUAAGGUGGACGGGCCAAAACCGGGGGACCCCUUGAUAACGAUGAAUGGUCCUAACGGCCCGGUCCCCAGCCGGCUGACCAAGGCGGGUGACGGGAAAUACUUACUGACUUUUGUCCCAAACGCUCCGACACCUCACAACAUCGACGUGCAGUUCGGGGACCAAGACGUGGGCGGUAACCCGUUCGUGGUGAAGGUGAUUGACGGCGGGCAGGUGACUGCGCAGGGGCGGGGGCUGAGCGGACUCCUGCCCGUCGACAAUGUCACCGACUUCACGGUGGACACUUCACGGGCUGGACAGGGUGGCAUCCUCGGCAUCAACAUUACAAGUCCCACUUUACAGGCGAUACCAUGCAAGGUGACGGGGUCCGGGGUCUAUGAUUGUUCUUACAUACCAUCUGAAGUGGGACCGCACACCAUCACCAUCAACUUCUCUGGAGACCCCGUUCCCGGCAGCCCUUUCACCGCCUACGUGUUCGACGCAAGCGCAGUGCGGGUCGGCCCCAUCGACGACCCAGUCGACAUCGGACAGGAAGUAGCCGUCCCGAUCGAUGCUACUAAAGCCGGUAAGGGCACGCUGUCGGCUGCGGUGGCCUGUGCCCGUAAGGAGGUGCCGUGUUACCUGCAGUCUACAGACAAGGACCGGUACCUGCUCAGGUUCACUCCACAGGAGGGACGCCCGCACGAGAUCUUCGUCAAGCACAACGAUAUACUCGUACCUGGUAACCCGUUCAGGUGUAACGUCAUUGACGGUCGGCAGGUGAGCGUGUACGGAGACGGCGUCAAACGCGUACCUGUCGGUAACGUCGCGACGUUCAACGUGGAUACUACCAGGGCAGGGGGUGAUCAGGUCGAGCUGCUCGUAUCAGUUUUGGAUCCAACAAUGAAGACAGUGCCUUCCAAGCUAAAGGGCUCUGGGGUCUACACAGGAGAAUACAUUCCAGAGGAUGUCGGACCCCAUAACGUAGUGGUAACGUACGGUAAGAACCAGGUGCAGGGCAGUCCGUUCGUGUGCCAGGUGUACGACGCCAGGAAGGUGGAGGUGGGCCGGAUCCCGAUGGGAGAGAUAGACGCAGAGACAGCCUUUAACGUGAACACGACCCGUGCCGGAGAGGGCACGCUGACGUCAGAAGUGACGUGUAACCACCGGCGUGUACACAGCACGGUGGAGGAGAUGGGUCCGGGGUACCACACAGUCAAGUUCAUCCCGCAGGAGGCAGAGACGCACCACGUGUCACUCAACUACAACGGCGAUGUCGUACCAGGUAGCCCAUUUCCGGCGGAAGUGAACCCUCCAGGCAAGCCCCGAGCCAUGGGACUGGGUCUGCUGAAGGGCAUCGAGGGGAAGUCGUCUGAGUUCGUGGUGGACACGACCAACUGCAAGACUGGGCCACUGGAAGUUGCAAUUCAAGGUCCCCGGUACCCCGCCACCUACACGGUGGACACGAAGGGUAACCAGCACGUGGUGACGUAUGUACCUAUGGAGGUCGGCAAGUACGACAUCAACCUGGCACACGCGGGGAAGGACGUAGAAGGUAGCCCCUUCCAUCCCGUCAUCUGUAACCCUGCCAAAGUGCACAUCGUGGGAGGAGCCAACAGCCUGAAGAACGACAACGGCAGGAUCCCGCUCAUGGUGGACGAUAUGUACACUCUGCCUGUGGACGCUAACGGCGCCGGGCCAGGAAAGAUGACAGCCCGUGUUGUCGGUCCCAGUAGAGAAAUCCCAGCAGACGUGGAGAGGAGAUCAGGGGACCGCCAUGACGUCACCUUCACACCCGAAGAAAUAGGAGAACACUCCAUCUCGGUGUUCUGGUCGGAGCACCACAUCACGGACUCUCCUCUGUACGGGGACGCGGGGCCGAAGAUAGACGCCAGGAGAGUGGUGCUGAGCGGGAAGGGACUGAAGGAGGCCAAGGUGGACGAGGUGGCCGAGUUUCUGAUAGACGGGUCGGAAGCUGGGAACGGUGUUCCUGAGAGUAAGCUUGUGGGGCAAAGAGGGAACUUGGACGUGACCUUGGUGCCUGACCCCAGGAGAAAGAACAGCUACAGGGCGCUGUACUGUCCAGCUGAACCAGGCCAUUACAAGCUGAACGUGCACUGGUCAGAUAAGGAAGUGAAGGGCUCGCCGUUUGAUGUGAAGAUCACCCAGGCUGCAGACGCUAACCAGAUCGCCUACACCGGCGCUAAAAAGGGCGAGCUGGGACAGAGUGUCAAGGGCAUCCUGGAUCCCAGGAAGGCUGGAUCUGGCAAGUUGACUGCUAAAUGCGUGGGUCCGACCCGGAACGCAGACGUGUCCCUGUCUGAGAACGCCAACAAGACCAUCAACGUGUCCAUGAGGCCGAAGGAGACGGGACUUCACAAGCUACACAUCAAAUGUAACGGGCAACACAUACCAGGGAGUCCAUUCGAAAUCAACGUAGACAAGCCUCCCGACCCCAGCAAGGUGAAGGUGUUCGGUCCCGGUCUCACGGACGGAAAGUUUUCCAGUUUCGACGGGACGUUCCUGUGUGACACGAGAGAGGCCGGACCUGGGCAGCUCAAAGUACGGAUCGAAGGACCACAGAAAGAUGCCUUCCGUAUGACGUCAGACGUCCUGAAUGACGUAGAGCGCACAGUGCGGGUGGUGUACACCCCCCACAUUCCCGGAGACUAUGACGUCGAGGUCAAGUGGUCGGACGUGCACGUUCCUGGAAGCCCCUUCCACGUCAAGGUCCUCGAUGACACUCCGCCGCCGCAGCCUCCACCCCAGCCCCAACAGAGGACGCGACCGUCCAACCUAGUCUACGAAGGUCCCCUAGCCGCCAACCCGGUAACCUACAUCGAGCCACCGCAGUCCCCUGUCCUCUCCGUCGGAAGACCAGUACCCAACCAGAUCGGAGGCCGGAUGGCCUUCCCUCGCGACCAAACAGUCAUGUAUGACUACCCUGUACCAGAGUACGCCGCCAGAAUGCCCGAGUUUAUCCCUAGAAGUGGUUCGGAUUAUCGCUUAGCUCUUGUCCCCGAUCAGAACCCCGCCAUGCCACACGGGGAUAAGAUAAUCCAGUACAACUCUGCCCCGGUCCAUCCGCAAGCUUUAGCCAGUAACUACGCCGUCUUACCCCCUCCCAAACCGGCCCUGCCCGAGAGAAUACCCGCCCGACGAAUGUCGUCUGUAGAGUCGUACUACCACGUCAACGGGUUCCCUAACGGACCUCGUCGUUAUUGACCAUGAAUAGUAACAACUAGACCCCUUUCCACUAGACCACGAUCCCUGAGCGACCGUACAGCGACCGUACAGCGACUGCACAGCAACCGUACAGCGACCAAAAUUGUGUCUAUUCGUAUGACCAGUGAUUUUUUUUACUUGAAAUAUGAUGUAAAAGUGUGUUGACACACAGCAAAACACACGUGCACAGAACUUAUGAAAACUUCAUUCUGUAUCUAUGAAAUUCGUGGACAGAGCUUUGAAAUCUUUUGUCGUUCAGCGAUCACAUCCCGUAGUGGAAAGAGGGUAUUGCUGCAAGAUUAGUAUGAAAGUACGCCUGUGUUGGUCAUCAAACGCCCAAGACAUUAAAACUUAGAAGCACAAAGGCUGGAUUUUCUUGUUUUGUAAGAAUUUAAAACUCUGUAAUAACAUAUCGAGAUCGAGAAGAAUUGACUCUAGAUUCAAAUCCAACUUUCUACCUGAAGUUUAAUAUCAAACAUUUUCUAAACGACGUUUUCUUCGUUGUAGUCUUAAUAAAACUAAACUAGUUUUGUCAUAUCUGUUUUCAUUGAAGACGAGGAACAAUUCUUAGACCCUGGUGAACUUCAUCAAUUAAUCAACUUGACUGGUUAAUGAUAACUUGAAAGGUUAAUGAUAACUUGACUAGUUAAUAAUAACUUGACUGGUUAACGAUAAACAGCGACUUUUUGUAAGGGUAUUUAAAGCAAUAGACUGUUGUACAUUUUUCAAAGACAGUGGUUAGGUUUACCACCAUUUGGUCAGUAAAACAUGUAGUUUUGUAGAUUUUAACCUGUUCGUUUUCUAUACUAUAGUAGAUUGUCUUUAGUGCCAUCAUAGAUACGUUAUGCAAUAGACAUUUGGUUGAUGGGAUAUCUAUAAAUACUGUGAACAUCGAAAAGCCAUAGCUCUCUACAGUAUUAUGACAGCAAACCUCAAAACGUUGGUGCGCAUUUUCUGUGAUAACUUGUACUAAUCUAAACUAAAGCAACACAAUUCAAAAUGUACACGUGUGUUGCAAGGGAGCAGGCAGCUACUGUUACUUACUGUACUUGUAA